AUGGCCUCCAUCAUCAAGUUAAGCUCUCGUGGAGUACGAUCACUUCAUCCUGCUAAUUUUCGUUCUCCUUGGCCAUUUGUCAAGAAAGGAGCGUAUGGUCAGAGAAAAAUUGGUCCUUUUAACUAUGAGAAGCACAAAUGGCCUGGUCAGAAUCAUGAGUUUCCGGAGUUAUCGCCAAAGUGGCACAAAGAGAAUCCGAAAGACUUACAUAGGCUAAAACCAUAUGUUUCGUUUCGAACUGAUGUUGAAAUUGAGAAACGAAGUCGAACUUAUGCUGCAAAGGUUAAAGAGAAAGGUUCACAAGUCUUAGCAGAUCUAUAUACUAUCGAAGAUGAACGUUGGCCUCCACCAAAAAUGGAUGCAGAAACUUUGUUUGAACUUUGUUAUGGAGAACAGGUCCGACAUGCGUUUAAGCAUGGGAAAUAUGGUCCCGUAUCGAAAACUACGGAGUGCAGGCGUACUUUUAAGAAGCGGUUGAAAGCGGUACAAUUCAGAAUGUCUGCACUUUUGAUACUUGCUGAUGGCGCUGAAGAAAUGGAGGCUGUCAUAACGGCUGACGUGUUGAGAAGGGGAGGAGUUGAUGUUACUGUGGCUGGGCUGGCUGGAUCUAAUCCAGUAAAAUGUUCACGAAAAACUGUAAUCGCACCUGACUGUGCAUUGGAUGAUGUACUUUCGAAGAAAUUUGACAUUGUUAUCCUUCCUGGAGGACAACCGGGAAGCAAUACAUUAGCAGCGAGUAGUGUUGUUGGGCAAGUUCUAAAGGCGCACCAUGAUGCUGGCAAGUAUGUAGCAGCAAUUUGUGCCGCACCAAUUGCACUGAAAUCACAUGGGAUUCCGACAACUCUGAUUACAAGUCAUCCAUCCGUGCGCAAACAACUUGAGGAGGGAGGGUAUAAGUACAGCGAAGAUCGAGUGGUAGUUGCAGAUCGUAUAGUGACCAGUCGUGGACCUGGCACAGCAUUCGAAUUCGCUCUAAAACUCGUUGAACUUCUAGUUGGAGUUGAGAAAUCCAAAGAAUUAGUGGCGCCUAUGUUGCUAAAGUUAUAG